AUGGUGGUUGGGUGUGUUCAUGGUGUGGUUGAUGGUGUGGUUGAUGGUGUGGUUCAUGGUGUGGUUGAUGGUGUGGUUGAUGGUUGGUUCGGUGUGGUUCAUGGUGUGGUUGAUGGUGUGGUUGAUGGUGUGGUUGAUGGUGUGGUUCAUGGUGUGGUUGAUGGUGUGGUUGAUGGUGUGGUUGAUGGUGUGGUUGAUGGUGUGUUUCACGGUGUGGUUGAUGGUGUGUUUCACGGUGUGGUUGAUGGUGUGUUUCACGGUGUGGUUGAUGGUGUGGUUCAUGGUGUGUUUCAUGGUGUGGUUGAUGGUGUGGUUGAUGGUGUGGUUGAUGGUGUGGUUGAUGGUGUGUGGUUGAUGGUGUGUGUUGAUGGUGUGGUUGAUGGUGUGGUUGAUGGUGUGGUUGAUGGUGUGGUUGAUGGUGUGGUGGUGUGGUGGUUGAUGGUGUGGUUGAUGGUGUGGUUGAUGGUGUGGUUGAUGGUGUGGUUCAUGGUGUGGUUGAUGGUGUGGUUCAUGGUGUGGUUCAUGGUGUGGUUGAUGGUGUGGUUCAUGGUGUGGUUGAUGGUGUGGUUGAUGGUGUGGUUGAUGGUGUGGUUGAUGGUGUUGUUCUGGUGUGAUGGUGUGGUUGAUGGUGUGGUUGAUGGUGUGGUUCACGGUGUGGUUGGUAUGGUGUGGUUCAUGGUGUGGUUGAUGGUGUGGUUGAUGGUGUGGUUGAUGGUGUGGUUCAUGGUGUGGUUGAUGGUGUGGUUCAUGGUGUGGUUCAUGGUGUGGUUCAUGGUGUGGUUGAUGGUGUGGUUGAUGGUGUGUGUUCAUGGUGUGGUUCAUGGUGUGGUUGAUGGUGUGGUUCGAUGGUGUGGUUGA